UUACUUCCUGCAUCCGACUUAGCUUGCGCUACUGUUGUGUUUUAAAAGUAGCUAGCAUGUAGAUGAGAGCGGAGACUUCAAGCAGACGCUUGGAGGUGACUUUCCUGCGCUUAACACCAAAAAACUAAACCAAGGUUGUCCGUGACUAUUUUCCCCUGACAAAAUGGAUUACUGGAGUGCCUUGGAGGUGUACAAGGAGAUGGUACUCCUCUACGUGGAGGAGGGCAGGCGGCAGGUAAACUUACACUGCGGGGAUUCGGAGCCAUGGCAAAUCAUCGGAGUGACAGUUAUCACUACACUGGGUGCCAUCUGGCUGAAAGGGUUUCUAUUCCAGCAAGAAAGUCUCCUAUCCAGAAUGAAGAAGCAGUGCUUUCGACUCAUCAGAAAAAUACCCUUUGUCGGCGGCGCGAUUCAGAGCCAGCUGAACAAAGCUUUAGACGACAUGUCUGCAAGCUUGUGCACUCUAAAGAAUGGGAUGUACUACACGAAAAAGUUGCCUUCGAAGGGCCUCACGCAGAGCCAAGUGUUGGAUAAAAUCUGCGAGUACCAAACUCUGAACGAGGUCCAGUGGGAGAAAGGGUGUGUUUCGGGUGCAGUUUACUGGGGUGAUGAAAACUUAACAAAACUCCUGGUGAAGGUGUAUGGGGAUUUUGCUUGGAGCAACCCACUUCACCCAGACAUAUUUCCCGGUGUAAGGAAGAUGGAGGCCGAGGUCGUCAGAAUGGCUUGUACACUUUUCAAUGGUGGACCCAACUCAUGUGGAACAGUGACUUCAGGAGGUACGGAGAGCAUACUAAUGGCAUGCAAGGCGUACAGAGACAUGGCGUAUGAACGAGGUGUCAAAUACCCAGAAAUUCUUGCACCAAUUAGUGUCCAUGCAGCCUUCGACAAAGCGGCACAUUACUUUGGGAUGAAGCUGGUUCACAUUCCACUCAAUAUGAAAACAAUGCAAGUAGAUGUCAAGGCUAUGAAGAGAGCCAUCAACAAGAACACAGCCAUGCUUGUGUGCUCUGCCCCCCAGUUUCCACACGGGAUCAUGGACCCCAUUGAUGAAGUAGCAAAGCUUGCUGUACGCUACAACCUCCCAAUGCAUGUGGAUGCUUGUCUGGGUGGUUUUUUGAUCGUCUUCAUGGCAAAUGCUGGCUACACCCUUGCACCUUUCGACUUCAGGGUAAAAGGUGUCACCAGCAUAUCUGCAGACACACACAAGUACGGCUACGCCCCCAAAGGCUCCUCAGUGAUCCUUUACAGUGAUACAAAGUACCGUCACUAUCAGUACUUUGUGGCUCCAGACUGGCAGGGGGGAAUCUAUGCCUCGCCCUCGAUAGCUGGCUCCAGGCCCGGAGGAAUCGUCGCAGCCUGCUGGGCCACCAUGAUGCACAUGGGAGAGAACGGCUAUGUGGACGCCACUCGGAAGAUCAUCAGCGUGGCACGCAAAAUCAAAACAGAGGUCAGAAAGAUGGAAGGUGUGUUUGUGUUUGGGGAUCCAGAGGUUUCAGUGGUGGCAAUAGGCUCGGAUGUUUUCGAUAUUUUCCGUCUGUCUAAUGCGUUGACGUCAAAGGGCUGGAAUCUGAACACACUGCAGUACCCAUCCAGCAUCCACAUUUGUUGCACACUUCUACACACCCAGCCCGGUGUUGUGGAACGCUUUAUUAGUGAUGUCAGAGAGCAGGUGGCCAUCAUCAUGAAGAACCCUAAAGAGAAAACCACAGGAAUGGGAGCGAUCUAUGGCAUGGCCCAGUCCAUCCCAGACAGAUCCAUGGUAACAGAGAUCUCUAGAGGCUUCCUGGACUGCCUCUACAGCACAGAGGUGUCCAAGUCAAACACCAACCACAUGAAUGGUAACGGCAAAGCCCACCAAAAGUAGAGCCUGGGAAGCUCGCUCACCUGCGACUUCAUAGCUCAGUGGUUGCCUUAUCCUGCAUCAUCGUGUGGAAAUCACCUGCAAAGGUUUUUUAAAGCACAAGACCUCCAUUUGGAUCAUCACAGAGGCAAAGACUGGUUCUGGUCUUUGAUUUAAAUAAUAUUGUUAAUGUGUGUGUCGUUAAAAUCAUUUCAAGUUUAGCUUAUAUUUUGUUUUUAACAGUCGGAACAUUUCUGUUUCACAAUCUCUGAUGACUCAGCUGAAAAACAACAACAACAGACCACUCGAGAGUUUGCUGCUGUGCUCUUGGAACCGGAUCAAACUGCUCAAGACUGGUUCUGGAAAUCCAGCAUUGUAAAAGCACUGCAAUGGUCAUGUUCUUGUUCAAACCACUCUCAUUCUGGACUCUAGGUCCUUCUUUUAGCACUUACUGUAAUUACUUUUCAAUUAAUCUGCCUUUGGGGUCCAUUUCUAGUUAGGACUUGUACAAACAUGGGAGGUUGUUUUUUUAAUCACAUGUCAGACAAAACACUUUUGAAAAAAAAAAGCUAGUGUUAGCCAAAGCUUACCUGCUGUAUCAAUUAUUUUUCCCAAUUAAAACAACCGUUAGACUAAAUCAUUUAAAAAUCAUUGAAGCGAUUGACAUCAAUGACUUCCUGUGUGGAGCCACCCAUCAUUUAUCUUUUUUCAAUCUACCUCACGUUCUACUUGUGCAACACGACAUAGCAACUUUUAUCUCUGAAAGUCGACUUGUUAAACUUUAACAAUGUAAGGGCAUUUAUGUUAUCUUUUCAUGUAGGGGGGAGAAAAGUUUGCGAUCUGCAAUUUUCAAGGUUAUUAAUGGACAACUCAAUUGUAGUUAUGGCAUUAUUUGUCUCCUAGUGCAAUGCCUGUUUAUUAAUAUGAAGUCAUUUGCUAAUAAUGGUUAACAACAAUUAGGACUAAUGAGAAGCUGAUCUGACCACAAAUAAGAAUAUUUCUCCCCCUCUGCCUUGCGGCGCAGCGCAGCACCCCUUAUAGGAUACAGACGAGGGCCACUUAUCUUGUUUUUGUGUCUUUGGAUUUCCUUACUUAUACUGUAUGUUGAGUAAUUAUUCUUUAAUCCAGAAUGUAUAAAUGUUCCAAGUCAGGGUUUAUGCAGUGUGUGCCUGGUUAGAAGACUAAUGGCGAUUUGUAGUUUGAUAUUGUUAUUGUAGCAAUAACGAGUGUUCACCUCUGUGCCUUCAGAGGUUUGUUGUCGUGCUACUUUUAUUUUAUCCUAACAUCCUCAGGGAUUCAGACGUGUAGCAAACGUCAUUGAGCUCCAAUUAGUUUUAUGAAAUGUCUAAAUGGUCAUCUUAGUGCAUGAUCCAAUAUGGUUUCUAUACUGUCAACAAGUCCAAUUUAACAAUUUGACAUCUAUGGUUUGGAAGUUUACUCAUAUUGAAAUCUAUAGUGUUCUGUUUUUAAUAAAAAAACAUACACUCUGA